CUCGACCAGGAUCGCAGCGUACAGUCCUGUUUAACAAGCGGGUUUUUGUGCUUGUGUUUCAGGUGAGCGAAACUGUUCAAAAGAAGGGGCAAAGUGAAACUUACUGUGUGAUACUCACGUAACUGUUUUAGGAUAAAUGUAAAUCGAUCAGAACAGUUACGAAUGAGUAAUACAGAAAUAUUAAUGAAUAUCAGUAAGGGAAAACCUGUAGCUACUCAGACCAUACAGUUGUACGAGCUCGCCCGAACAUUAUCAGUGUGCGUAUUGAGGAAAGUAAAUUGUGGGAUUAUUGAUUGUUUAUAUGUAUAAGAACGAAUGUGUUUAUCUGUGUGUUAAGUAGUUGUUUCGAAGCGAAUCGACAUAAAUGUUUAAAAGUAAUUGUAUGUGUAAAAAUGGAAUGAGCGCGAGUGGAGUGCAAAGAACGCAUGCGUCAUGCAGAACACUCGACAAGGAUCGCCGCAUACAGUCCUGUUUAACAAGCGGGUUUUUGUGCUUGUGUUUCAGUGUUUUUCCGGUGAAGUAAAAAUCAUCACAUUAUUGAAAAAGAACCCUAUGCAUGCCUGUAAUUUAUUCACCUUGUCCAAGUGUGCAACAUAGACACAUAGAUAAUAUCCCCCCAAAACCCUACGAAGUGCCGCUGAGUCCGUGUCCAUUUUUUGCAUGAGACGGAGCUGAUCAUUUCCUGCCUGUAAACGAAAGUGAAAUUAAGUGUCGACAUUUUAAAGGCAGAGUCGCCAUUUUAUCAAGAAACAUUUUAUCAAGAUUCUGGAGUAAUGUAAAGAUAUUCUAUGUUUCAAGAGGCCCCAGCAGGAAUCAUCUGGUCUGGAUCAGCAUAAAAAUGGAUGGAUCUGCUUCUGAAAAGCGCCCCCCUGUGGGGUGUAACAGAAAGAGCGCUGAGAGUGUCCUGAUGGAGAGAGCAGACUCCCCUGUACCCAGCUGUGUUUCCAUGAAGAGUGACGCGUCAAUGGACCCCCCACUCCACUUCAGAGAGGGACCUUUCCCUACAGAUCAAAGAGACCAAAUGGAAGAAUGCAGUUCAGAUCUACAUGAUAAAUCGGGUUUAUCAUCCAUAUUGAAGUCGCUAGAGGAAAAAGCCAUGAAGUUCCUAAAGGAGGAACUGAAGACGUUUGUGAGGCACCUAGAUCAGAAUUACCCAGAAUUCUCUGAGCCUCAGCUGGAGGAGGACAAUGCCCUGGACUGUGAUGGUCAGAUGCAGAAGACCAGUGUUAGAGAGGUAGCUCUGAAGAUCACACUGUACAUCCUGAGGACCAUGAAGCAAAAUGAUCUUGCUGACCUGCUGGACAAGAGACAGCUCAUGCUACAGGAUAUCAAAGCUAAACUUAAGAAGCAAUUUGAGUGUGUAUUUGAAGGGAAAGCUAAGGAAGGACAGCCAACACUUCUAAGUGAGAUUUACACAGAACUCUACAUAACUGAAGGUGGGACUGGAGCAGUUAAUGAUGAACAUGAAGUGAGACAGAUUGAAACAGCAUCCAAGAAAAGGCGAACAGAAGAUACUACAGUCAAGUGCAAAGAUAUAUUUAAACCCUUAUGUGGGCGUGUGACACCGAUCAGAACUGUACUCACGAAAGGGGUGGCAGGUAUCGGGAAAACAGUCUCUGUGCAGAAAUUUAUUCUCGACUGGGCAGAAGGAAAAGCAAACCAGGAUGUUCACUUCAUAUUUGCUCUUCCUUUCCGGGACCUGAAUUUGAUUAAGGGUGAAUACAGUCUGAUUGAACUGCUUCACCACUUUGUCCCAGAACUGAAAUCAUUUCAAUCCACUGACCUGUUUAGCUCCAAAGUCUUGUUCAUCUUUGAUGGUCUGGAUGAGUGUCGCCUUCCUCUGGAUUUUCAGAACAAUGAGAGCUGGUUUGAUGUAACAAAGAAAACGUCACUAGAUGUGCUGUUGACUAACCUCAUUAAGGGGAAUCUGCUCCCAUCCGCUCUCCUCUGGAUAACCUCCCGGCCAGCAGCAGCCAAUCAGAUACCUGCUAAGUGUGUCCACCAGGUGACAGAGAUACGAGGGUUCAGUGAUGCCCAGAAGGAGGAGUAUUUCAAGAAGAGAUUUAAUGAUCAGAGCCUGGCCAGCAGGAUUAUCGCACAUGUGAAAUCAUCAAGGAGCCUCUUCAUCAUGUGCCACAUACCUGUGUUCUGCUGGAUUUCAGCCACUGUGCUUGAGAGGCUUUUUAGCGAGACUGACAGUGGAGAAAUUCCAAGGACUCUGACUGAAAUGUACACACACUUCCUGAUCUUUCAGACAAGUUUAAAAAAUGACAAAUAUAUGAAAAACCAUGAAACUAAGCUUAAGAAAUACAGCAAGGAAUUCCUUUUAAAACUUGGUAAACUUGCUUUUGACAACCUUGAGAAAGGCAAUCUCAUAUUUUAUGAGCAUGAUCUGUCAGAGAAUGGUAUUGAUGUCACUGAAACUUCAGUUUACUCUGGAGUGUGCACAGAAGUCUUUAAAGAGGAGUAUGGGUUGUACCAGGAGAAGGUGUACUGCUUUGUGCAUCUGAGCAUCCAGGAGUAUCUCGCUGCUUUAUAUGUGUUUCUGUCAAACUCAUCAGCUGACUUGCUGGAGACUGCAGUGGAUCAGGCAUUAGAGAGCAAGAAUGGACACUUGGACCUCUACCUCCGCUUCCUCCUGGGCCUCUCAACAGACUCCAGUAAGACUCUGUUACAAAGACUACUGGGGCCGACAAGAAUCAGCUCACAUACCAUUAAGGAUACAGCCCAGUACAUCAAGAGGAAAAUAAAGGAGAAUUUAUCUCCAGAAAGGACCAUCAAUCUGUUCCACUGUCUGACUGAACUGGGUGACAAUUCUCUAGUAGAGGAAGUACAAAGAUACCUGAAUUCAGGAAACAUUUCAGCAGAUGACCUCUCACCUGCACAGUACUCAGCUCUGGCCUUUGUGAUGCUGAUGUCAGAUGAGGAGCUGGAUGUGUUUGACCUGAAGAAAUACAUCAGAUCAGACGAAGAGCACUGCAGGCUGCUGCCUGUGGUCAAGAACUCCAGGACGGCUCUGUAAGUGACGUGGGGAUGGGAAAUCAUGUCUGGUCUGGCAGUAAUGCAUGAAUAUUGUUUGAAAUGUGUAAUAUAUAUUAUAUCUUUCUCCUCAUGCAUUAAUAAAUGGGUUUUAUUUUGAUAAUCAUAGCUAUAGCUGUUUGUAUAGCAGUAGCUAAUCUUGACCACAGACUUUAUAAUGACUGAAGGUAGUGAUGUCACUUUUUGUUUGUUACUACGUUUCCAUUCCCAUCCAGUCUGCCUUCUGAUCACAGGCACAGCAUCCUAACCUGCUAUAGAAACAGUGAGGGCUCUUUAUCCACAGGGUGUAUAAGUGGUAUGUGAGUGUUAUUGUCAGCAGGCGUGUUCAUGUGAUGGAGCCCAGAGCUGGGAGCUUCUGUAUGACUGCUGUCUCUGGCUGCUCACUGGCGCCCUCUGCUGGCCUCAGCUGCACCUGGCUGAGGAUGUGAGGACACAUCUAGUCCGGCAGACAUAGAUAAACAUUGUUUAAAAUAUAAAAUGAAUAUGUAUAUAUGUAAUUUAUUUCCCCUCUUUUAUCAACAAGGUUCCUUUUUAAUCUAGUUUAUAUUAACUGAAGGUAGUGAUGUAGUAAAAACAAAAAAGACAAGAUUUACACGACCUUCCUUUGUGUAACAAAUAACCAAAGAUACAGCAUCAUACAGAAUGGUCCAGUUUUCAUUAAUAGUGGGAAAACCACUCAUAUUUGUUUCAGUUCUGGAUGCUGUAGGAAGCAUUUCUGUAAAUACUGGGUGUGGUGCGUGACUCUUUGGGUUUGGACUCUGUGUCCAUGAGCGGACGGUCGCUGGUUCAGAUCUCUUGGCCGGCAGAGUGAUGUCAUCGCUGAGUCCUUGAGCUGCAGGGGUGCUGGAUGCUGGCCGAUCUUGCGCUGCGACCCCCAAACUUCCUCUCACCUGUAUAUGUGUCAGUGUGUCUCUUGGAGAGCAAGAUGGGAGGGGUGAAAAGACAAUUUCCCCAUGGGAGUGAAUAAAGUAAUAAUGAAUAAAGUAUCAUUAUUCAUAAAUCAUUCAAACAAACAUUUUUUAUAAAAGCCUAUUUCACAGGACUGAUAGCUCUCCGAUUAGUGUAUUGUUGGUUAGGGCUGGGCGAUAAGUAAAAAAAUGUGUAUGUCAUUUAGUAUAAAAAUAUCGCAAUAAACAAUCAUUUUGAGUCCUCCCCCCAAACACUGAGUGCAAUUUCAGUUCAGUUCAGUUUUAUUUGUAUAGUGUGUUUUCACAACAUUACAUCAUCUCAAAGCACAUUACAGCAUCCCUGCCCAAAGCCCCCAGUGAGCAAGUCAGAGGGGACAGUGGCAAGGAAAAACUCCCUAGAAAGAAGAAUCCUUGGGAGGAACCAGACUCAAAGGGGGAGCCCAUCCUCCAGGGGGUAGCAGAGGAAGCCCUAACCCUAACCAGACUCAAAGGGGGAGCCCAUCCUCCAGGGGGCAGCAGAGGAAGCCCUAACCCUAACCAGACUGAAAGGGGGAGCCCAUCCUCCAGGGGGCAGCAGAGGAAGCCCUAACCCUAACCAGACUCAAAGGGGGAGCCCAUCCUCCAGGGGGCAGCAGAGGAAGCCCUAACCCUAACCAGACUCAAAGGGGGAGCCCAUCCUCCAGGGGGCAGCAGAGGAAGUCCUAACCCUAACCAGACUCAAAGGGGGAGCCCAUCCUCCAGGGGGCGGCAGAGGAAGCCCUAACCCUAACCAGACUCAAAGGCGGAGCCCAUCUUCCAGGGGGCAGCAGAGGAAGUCCUAACCCUAACCAGACCCAAAGGGGGAGCCCAUCCUCCAGGGGGCAGCAGAGGAAGCCCUAACCCUAACCAGACCCAAAGGGGGAGCCCAUCCUCCAGGGGGCAGCAGCAGGCCAGAAGGACGUCACAGAUAGUGGAGACGUCACAGGCAGCAGGGUAGGCAGGAUAUCUUGAAAAUGUGGGGUCUCCAGGCAGCACAGCCCAGGGGGAGCAUAGAACAGGGCUAAUAUAAUAAAUUUUUUUAGUGUUUGUAUGAACUCUGGCUGCUGCAUUUUGUACCAGCUGACGUUUAUGUGAGGAUCCAGAUGGGCACCCAAAAAGGAAGGCAUUACAGUAUCCAGCCUGGAAGUUAUAAAGGUGUUACUGCAUCACCAGGUAAUGUAAACGAUCGGUAGCGAAGCUCCUCUCACGGCCAAUGAGAGGGAGUCUCACAAUAUUUCAGUCGAGUUUGAGGUUUUAGAGCUUUGUAGCCAAAUCGCACAGAGGCAGGGACUAUUGUGAGCACUCAAUGAACAGAGGCUGAAGUGGUUGAUACCAAACAUGCCAUACCAGCCUAGCGGUUCACACCGAAUACCAUCUGUAAUGAUUAAUUAAUGAUUACUUAUAUUAUGUUAUUAUGUUAUAUUACUCACACCAGUCCCUGGUCUAAGUGGUCUAGGUUGCACCUCAAUCAGAGGUUACCCUUUAUACGGACAUUAUAUGACAUAUUCUCAUGUCAGCAGCACAUCUUACCCUUAGAUAGGCGUGGUAGAAUACAAGGAUCAGAUAAGGGCUGCUGAGGAAUGUGGAAAAGAAAAGGGGGUGAAGGUUUGUCAGUCAAAGAAAAAGAGUCUUUCAAAGUUAGGACACAUUACAAACAUAACCUGUCUGUAUAUUGAGACUAGUAGUUAUGGGUAAAUAAAUAUACAGAUAUACUGUACAACAGCCAAACUUAAAAGAAACUUUCUUUAGGGUGUUGGUCUGUUGGGUGAGUGGUAUGUAAGGCAGGAUGUCUGGGGAGGGGGUUGUGUGCCAAGUUGAGGGACCCCUGUCCUUGAGGUCCACUCUGCUGUCCGUAGGUCGUUAAAACUUUGAGCAAUAAAAGUUGGAGUGCUGGCCCCCCUUGUUAUCUGUGUGUGUUUAAGUGUGUCUGUGUGUGUGGGGUCACGAACCCCCCUUUGAGGCCUAGGCCAAUGUGUGCCUCUCGUACCAGGGUAGGCCUUGUCUCAGGCCACCUGGAAUUUAAGCUUUGUGAUAUGUACAUGUGUGAUCCUACACCAGAUUUAAAAUGGGUAACCUUAAAAGGGAAAUACUGUUCUGCAAAGCAAGCACAGUUUGUGGAAACACGACCUUAAAGUCAUAAAGCAGGCUAACAGAACUGCUUAGGUUGUUAAAAAGAAAGGAAGUUGGUUUACUUGUUUGCAGAGUGGAUGGGGUCUUGGCAGUAUUAAAUAAUACCUGCUUUUGUUUCUAGUAGAAUAAAUUACUGUAAUGCCCUCUUGUCUGUUUCACAUCUACUGUUUCACAUCUACAACGGACCCAGAAUGCCGCUGGCGGAGUGUUAACACGCACCAGGCACAGGGAUCACAUCUACAACGAGCUCAGAAUGCAACUGGCGGAGUGUUAACACUGACCAGUCACAGGGAUCACAUCUACAACGGCCCCAGAAUGCCGCUGGGGGAGUGUUAACACGCACCAGUCACAGGGAUCACAUCUAAAACGGCCCCAGAAUGUCGCUGGCGGGGUGUUAACACGCACCAGUCACAGGGAUCACAUCUACAUCGGGCCCAGAAUGCCGCUGGCGGAGUGUUAACACGCACCAGUCACAGGGAUCACAUCUACAACGGGCCCAGAAUGCCGCUGGCGGAGUGUUAACACGCACCAGUCACAGGGAUCACAUCUACAACGGGCCCAGAAUGCCGCUGGCGGAGUGUUAACACGCACCAGUCACAGGGAUCACAUCUACAACGGGCCCAGAAUGCCGCUGGCGGAGUGUUAACACGCACCAGUCACAGGGAUCACAUCUACAACGGGCCCAGACUGCCGCUGGCGGAGUGUUAACACGCACCAGUCACAGGGAUCACAUCUACAACGGGCCCAGAAUACCGCUGGUGGAGUGUUAACACGCACCAGUCACAGGGAUCACAUCUACAACGGGCCCAGAAUACCGCUGGUGGAGUGUUAACACGCACCAGUCACAGGGAUCACAUCUACAACGGGCCCAGGAUGCCGCUGGCGGAGUGUUAACACGCACCAGGCACAGGGAUCACAUCUACAACGAGCUCAGAAUGCAACUGGCGGAGUGUUAACACUGACCAGUCAGAGGGAUCACAUCUACAACGGGCCCAGAAUGCCGCUGGGGGAGUGUUAACACGCACCAGUCACAGGGAUCACAUCUACAACGGGCCCAGAAUGCCGCUGGCGGGGUGUUAACACGCACCAGUCACAGGGAUCACAUCUAAAACGGCCCCAGAAUGUCGCUGGCGGGGUGUUAACACGCACCAGUCACAGGGAUCACAUCUACAUCGGGCCCAGAAUGCCGCUGGCGGAGUGUUAACACGCACCAGUCACAGGGAUCACAUCUACAACGGGCCCAGAAUGCCGCUGGCGGAGUGUUAACACGCACCAGUCACAGGGAUCACACCUACAACGGGCACAGAAUGCCGCUGGCGGAGUGUUAACACGCACCAGUCACAGGGAUCACAUCUACAACGGGCCCAGAAUGCCGCUGGCGGAGUGUUAACACGCACCAGUCACAGGGAUCACAUCUACAACGGGCCCAGAAUGCCGCUGGCGGAGUGUUAACACGCACCAGUCACAGGGAUCACAUCUACAACGGGCCCAGAAUGCCGCUGGCGGAGUGUUAACACGCACCAGUCACAGGGAUCACAUCUACAACGGGCCCAGAAUACCGCUGGCGGAGUGUUAACACGCACCAGUCACAGGGAUCACAUCUACAACGGGCCCAGAAUGCCGCUGGCGGAGUGUUAACACGCACCAGUCACAGGGAUCACAUCUACAAAGGGCCCAGAAUGCCGCUGGCGGAGUGUUAACACGCACCAGUCACAGGGAUCACAUCUACAAAGGGCCCAGAAUGCCGCUGGCGGAGUGUUAACACGCACCAGUCACAGGGAUCACAUCACACCUGCUCUCACAUCCCUG